AUGUCUGGCCAUCUGCUUCACCCGCAUCUCGACGAGGACCCGCGCGGUUCCCUCGUCAUCCUUCCCUCCGAGUCGACGUCGCUCGAACAGCAAGGCAGUGCCUUCACCGCCAUCGCGAGCAAGGCGCGCGACUACGGCCUCAAGAUUCUCUCGAAUAUGAACGACAACGCGAAUCUGCUUCCCUCGAGUCCGCCUCUCGUCGACCGGCUGUACGAGUCGCUCGAGCCGCGCGUCCAGGCGGGCUGGAACCGGCUUUACCAGCGCUACAUGUUCGCCUCGCACGGCGCGCUCCUUGGCACCGGCGAAACUUGCCAGAGCAUGCAGCAGGCCAUCCUCCUUGGAAGCUUCGUCGCCGAGACCUUCAAGCAGAGCAAGCCCAUGCUGCUCGUCGUGCCGGAAACCGCCGCUGGCGUCUGGCGCGAGUGCUUCGACAAAUUGGCCCCCUCGCUCUCCCUCGUCAAGCUCGAGUCUUCGACGACCGACUUCUCCGACAUCCAAGGCUUACUCGGCGUAUCGCAGCCGCAGACGCCGCGUUCGCUUGCGGACGUCAUCGACGAGUUCGGCCUCAAGAGCGCUAGGGAGGAGGAAUCGCUCUGGCCACAGACAAUCGCAGGCGAAGGAGAGACUUUCCCCGUCGUCGUGGUAGACCCUGAGACCUUCAAGUCUGGCAUCGAGGUCUUCUGGCAGGCCACCUACAGCCUGCUGCUCAUCGUCGAGCCGGAGUUGUGGCCGGCAGGCACACCCGACCAGCUCGCUUUCGUGCGGUCCGACUUUCGCCUUGUUCUCUCGGACUCUCCCAUGCCCGACGCCACUGUCGAGUCCUACGACCGCCUCGCCUUAAUCCUCCCCGAGAUCUUCCACCACCGGCAGCCCUUCUUCGACAUCUACGACCCCUCGAACUGCAGCGGUCCCGUCGGGCACCUCGCCAGCGUCGAGAUGAAGAAUGUCCUGCACGCUGCGCUGGAGUUGUGGGUGUUGGACGAGGACGAGGAGGGGGAGGAGGAGGAGGAGGAGGAAGAGAUGGCGGUCGAGGAUGACGAGGAAAUGAGUGGGUAG